AUGUACAAGAUAAUAUGUAAUCAGUUGUAUAAAUUAAGUUUUAGAAGUAGUGUACUAAGAGUUAACAGUAGAUAUAGUAAAAUAGUAAAUAGAAAUGUGUAUAGUGUAAAAAAUGUUACAAAUAACAAUAAGUUGUUUAUAAAUAAAAAUUAUAUAUGUACGAGUAGAAAUAUAAUAAAACAAAAUAGUUUAAGAAGUACAAAUAGAAGAUUCCAUCACCAAGAAGGAGUAAAGAACGAUAAAAUAGAGGAAGGAAAGAUAAGGAAAGAUGAAAGUGAAGGGGAAAAUGAAGCAAAUGAUGUAAAUGGGCAUUUGAAGGAGGAUGGAAUCACGAAAAGAGAACGAGCAAUGAGGAGAAUCAAAAGUAGAUUCCAAAAAAUCAAAACGUACAUAAAACAGAAUAAAAGAGUGCAGAACUUUAAAGUAUACAUAAACCAAAACAAGAGGAUACAGGACUUUAAGGUGUUUUUGAGAAACAGCCAGAGGUUCCAAAGGUUCAGAAGCUACGCUACGCAGAAGAGGCAGAACCUGAAGGGGCUCACGAACAAGGUGAAGAGGAGGGAGAAGCUGCGAGAACUGAAGAAGAGGUUCGUGGCGAGGUCGAAAGCGUUCAGCAUACUCACGGUGUUGACGCUGAAGAGGUACGGGAAAAUCGGAGUCUUCAUAUACCUCUCGGUCUACGUGGCGACGCUGGCGGGGAUGAACGCGAUAGUGUUCAUGAACUAUUUGACGAGCGAGCACGUGCGGAAGGCGCUCAACUACUUCGACAUCACCUCCCUUAAGGUGCCGGACGUGGACAGCCCCUUCGCAAAGUUCACGGUGGCCUACAUAGCGACGAAGCUGGUGGAGCCGCUGAGGCUGGUCGUGUCAGUAAUGAUCACAAUCGCAGUGACGAGGAUACUAAAACGCUAA